CCGUUUUAUUCCAGGCCGAGACUCAAUGAUGCUUAAUUUCAGAAAUGUCUCGCGUUGAAUCAGGGUUUUAUUUCUUCUCAAAGUAAUGACUGAGACGUUUGUGGACAGCGUGGUCUUUUGUUCUCUUGGUAUAUUUCUCGUUUUGACAAAGGAAAGCUGGGUGUUAUUUUGCCGUACCCGCCGCGACAAUUCGACACCUAUGCAGUUGUUUGUUCGUGAUGCUGCAGAGGGACAAGGGAACCAAAAAAACCCUAUGAAGGAUGCUAUCUAACAAAGAGCCAUAAAAUCAACAUCAGCAUGGGAUGCUAAAUUAGGGAAACAUUCCAGGAGCCAACUGAAGCUGAAAGUCCAGCUGCGCCAUGACUUCGUUGGACAAUGAUGAAACGGGGAGUGACCUGUCUGAGUCUCUGGGCAUCUGUGAGCUCCAGGAGCAGUACAUGGACUCAGAGAAUUGCUUCAAGUCCAAAAGCUUACCCAUCCUGAAUGGACCCUGUCAGCUAGAUUUUAAAGUUGCGGAGCCUCAACUGGUCGACACUACCCACACAUGUGUGGCCAUGGAUGAGAGCAGGGAGGUCCAGCCAAAAACCUCAGACUUGAGCCAAGGAGAGUCCCCCUCCUUCAGGACAGACUUCUCCCCCUCUGUCUCCAGCAUGGUGGGGCUCAGCAGCUCUCUGCCUGUGGAGGGCAGGAGGGCUGCUGGCUCUGGAGGCAAAAAACUUGGUUUCUCUCUCACCCGCCUUAUCCAAAUCCCAGCCAGGAAGCAUGUGCGGAUCAUCCUGAGGGACUCGCGCUGCUUCCUGUUCUGCAUGUGCUACCUGACCUUCAUUCAGUCCCUGAUGGUUUCGGGCUACCUGAGCAGUGUCAUCACCACCAUUGAGAAGCGUUACAGUCUCCGCAGCUCAGAGUCUGGCCUGCUGGUCAGCUGUUUUGACAUCGGCAGCUUGCUGGUGGUGGUCUUCAUUUCCUACUUUGGCGGCAGAGGUCAGAGGCCACGCUGGCUGGCUGUGGGUGGUGUGGUCAUUGCUGUUGGAGCUGCAUUGUUUUCCCUGCCCCACUUCAUCUCACCACCCUAUCAGAUCCAGGAGAUUAACUCAUCAGCGGGUCACGAAGGCCUCUGUCAGAGUGGCAACAACAGUGGGCGUGAACUGCUCGAUGUUGCAUCGUGCCCUCGGGACCAGGAGGGCAAUGAGCACAACCUGUAUGUGGCUCUGUUCAUCUGUGCCCAGAUACUCGUGGGCAUGGGGUCAACGCCAAUAUAUACCCUGGGGCCAACCUACCUGGAUGACAAUGUGAAGAAAGAAAAUGCAUCUCUCUACCUGGCUAUCAUGUAUGUGAUGGGAGCCCUGGGACCUGCAGCUGGCUACCUGCUGGGUGGCGUCCUCAUUGGCUUCUAUGUUGACCCUAAAACUGUAGUGAACAUUGACCAGAGCGACCCUCGCUUUGUUGGCAACUGGUGGAGUGGCUUUCUCUUGUGUGCCAUAGCCAUGUUACUGGUCAUCUUUCCCAUGUUUGCCUUCCCCAAAAAGCUGCCUCCCCGCCACAAAAAGAGGAAGACGAAAAAGAUCGGCUCACCAGGUGACGUGUCCAGCGAUGAUGAUGUGAUGAAGGAAAAGUCCAGUAGCAAAAGCCAGAAAGUCUCCUCUUCUAUGGGCUUUGGGAAGGACAUCAAAGACCUCCCCAAGGCAGCGCUGAGGAUUCUCAGCAACAUGACCUUCCUGUUCGUCAGUCUGUCCUACACGGCAGAGUGUGCCAUCGUCACCGCCUUCAUUACCUUCAUUCCCAAAUUUAUUGAGUCACAGUUUGGUAUCCCUGCCUCCAACGCCAGCAUAUACACCGGUGUGAUUAUUGUACCCAGCGCCGGUGUGGGUAUCGUGUUGGGGGGCUACAUCAUCAAGAAGCUGAAGCUCGGUGCCAGAGAGUCAGCCAAGCUGGCCAUGAUCUGCAGCGGGGUGUCUCUGCUCUGCUUUUCCACACUCUUCAUAGUGGGCUGCGAGAGCAUCAAUCUGGGAGGCAUCAACAUACCUUACACCACUGGUCCGACCUUGACGCUGACCCACAGGAACCUGACGGGCAGUUGCAACGUGAACUGUGGCUGCAGGAUCCACGAGUAUGCUCCGGUCUGCGGCUCUGACGGCAUUACCUAUUUCAACCCCUGUCUGGCUGGAUGCAGCACUGUGGGUAAUGAUAGCACUGGGAUUAGGAACUACACUGACUGUGGCUGUGUGCAGAGCAGACAGGUCAUAACUCCGUCCUCCAGCGGCCAGGUCAACCAGCUCCAGCUGGUCAUUGUUAAAACCUACCUGAACGAAAACGGUUACGCUGUGUCGGGGAAAUGCGACCGCACCUGCAACACGCUCAUCCCUUUCCUCAUCUUCCUCUUCAUUGUCACUCUCAUCACCGCCUGUGCCCAGCCCUCUGCCAUCAUCGUCACGCUCAGGUCUGUUGAUGAGCAAGAGAGGCCCUUUGCUCUUGGUAUGCAGUUUGUCUUGCUCCGAACUCUUGCCUACAUCCCCACGCCCAUCUACUUUGGUGCUGUAAUCGACACCACCUGCAUGCUGUGGCAGCAGGACUGCGGCGUGCACGGCUCCUGCUGGGAGUACGACGUCACCUCCUUCCGCUUCGUCUACUUUGGCCUGGCCGCUAGCCUCAAGUUCGUCGGCUUCGUCUUCAUCUUCCUCACCUGGUACUCGAUCAAGCACAAGGAGGAGCGUGCCGAGCGCUGGCGCCAGCACCUGCCUCCGCUGGGCACUGUCAGCGAGCUCAUCUGCCAUGCCGGGGGCCAGAAAAGCCACGCCCGCACCCGCUCCUGCCCUGUGUUCAUCCCGCCUCGGCCCGACCCGCCAGCCACCCUGCUGCUAAACCGCGGCCACAGCAGCCUCAGUUGCACCGGCAACGCCCUCAAAGCAAUAACCCUGCCCAUCCUGUUGCCACACCACCACAGAGGCUCUGCCCAUGUGUGAGAGAACGCCAAGCCUCCCUCUGAAGCUUCAUUGUGACAUGUGCCUUCCUGUGUGUGUUUCUGUACCACACAGUGUCUGCUUCACAUCAAUCAGACACCAGGCGGGGCUCCAGUGCUGCUGUAGGACUGACAGGCAGAGACGCAAGUAUGCCCAGCAAACUUAAAGGCUGCUCAUUGUUGUUUUAUGAUAACAGGAAACUGACAGAUGUACUUUUACUCUGAGAAUAUCAUCAGCUGCAGCCACACACAGCCUCCACACAGAAGGUCACACUUCCGAUUCAAGGAUUGGAUGAUGUAAAGACAUCAUAUGGUGCUACUGUUAAGGUGCAGGGCAUUAUAAUCUCUGUACAGACAGACGAGUCAUGAUCGAUAUGGCGUCUAAAGCACAACUGACAAACCUGUACUAUGCAAGAUCCAAUGUACAGCUCCCCCUUCUCAGUACUGUACAGAUCCCUGUGUAUUUUACAUCUGUACCUCCUUUCUUCCUCUGCUCAGUUCACACAUCUCACCAUGUUGUCGGCUCAGUCAGAAUCCCAUUUUUCCUUACAGUAUGAGCUGUGAACAUAUCAGCCCUCUCUCUUGUAUUUAAGCCAUUCCUGGUUUGUUUGGUUAAAACAUGUUGUUUGCAUCUCCAGAACUGAUAAGUGGGAUUUUUUUUUUUUCUUAAUCCUUU